UCCAUAUCGGCCCCCUUCUGCUACACCUACGACCCCAUAUCUUGACGACCUAGACAUCCUAACCUCCUAACCUACUUCCCACCAUGACCUCUCUCACUCCCCGUCCUCCCUACACCGACCAUGAGCUCAAGAAGCUCUACCCAUCCGGCCUCCAGCUCCAACAAGUCCAGAUCCUCAUGCGCCACGGCGAACGCACCCCCGUAACCGCCCGCUUCCAAAACGCCGGUCUCAAGCCCUUCUGGCCCUACUGCGCCAGCGUCCGCCAGAUGAAGUCGAUAAUGCUCGACUUAAACGGCGAGAACAGACCCAAGGACCCGGUAAUGCCAACUAGCGGAAACGCCCCCUGGCACACGGUCGAAUGGAAGCGGCGUCUCGAGACCUUUGGCCCCAACGACGAGCCCGUGGUAGCCAAAGGGCCCGGCCACGAACUCGACGACGUCUGCGACUUCGGCAUGCUGACGGACCUCGGCCGCCAGUCCACCUCGCGACUAGGCAUGCGCCUCCGCAAGCUCUACGUCGACCGCCUCGGCUUUUUACCCGAAACCAUCAGCUCCACGGACGACUUCUAUCUGCGGUCGACUAAUGUGCCCCGCGCGCUCGAGUCCAUGCAUCAGACCUUCCAGGCUUUGUACCCGCCCUCGACGCGCGAACCCGAUCCGGAGACGGGCAAGUUUCCCGUGCCCACCGUGCUGACCCGGGGUCCCGGUGACGAGACGCUGUACCCUAACGACGGCAACUGUCGACGCUUUGCAGCCCUCUCAAGAGCCUUCGCCCAGCGCGCGGCAGACAGGUGGAACGCCACCGAGGACAUGAAAUACCUGAAUAAAGUCUACGGCAAGUGGAUGCCGGCUAACAGCCCGCGCGUUGCCGUUGACUCACGCCCGCGUCUGUCGGGCAUCAUGGACACCGUGAACGCCAGUCUGGCUCAUGGUCCGCACACUCGGCUGCCGGAGGAGUUCUACGAUUACAAGGCCCGCGAAAUCUUGGAGAGGAUUGCCAGUGACGAGUGGUUUGCGGGCUUCAACGAGUCGCGCGAGUAUCGCAUGUUGGGAAUGGGUGGGUUGUUGGGCGACAUUGUUGAGAGAAUGGUUAGUCGUGCCGAGCGCACGAAGAAUUCCUCAAAUCCCGUCAACACCAAAUCAGAUACCUCCGACCCCUCAGCCUCCGACAUCAAGUUCGGUCUCUCGGGGUGUCACGACACCACGCUGGCGGGAAUGCUCGCCAGUCUAGGCGCGCACGACAGCAGCAGCUGGCCGCCCUUCACUAGCCACAUUGCCAUUGAGCUAUUCCGUAAGGCGGAUAGCAACUCUCCUUCAGACCACAUCUCGGCAGUAGUAACACCAGCAAAACGCGGCUGGUGGGAGUCCAUGUUCCCCGGCAGCGCUGUUUCAUCAUCCAACCAGCAACAAGCCUCGGGCAUCCGUAGAAAACCCUCCGAGUACCUAACUUCGUCGGAAAGAUCCAAGCUGGACGGAUACUACGUUCGCAUGCGGUACAACGACGAGCCGGUGACGAUUCCGGGGUGCAAGGCGCCGGGGAACCAUUUGGAGGGGGACGAAUCCUUUUGCACUUUGACCGCCUUCAAAUCAAUAGUCGACAAAUUCACCCCCCAAGAUUGGAAGCAGCAGUGCCGAAUGAACUUGGGCCAGCCGGCUACGCCUCCUAGUGGUGAGCCUGAGUGGGCUGGUCAUCCUUGAGUUUUUGAUCAAUCAGGGUUGAGCAGGAGUUCUAGAGAACUCUUACUAGAGUGGAAGAAGAGUUGAAAGAGUUGAAGAGAUAGAUCCCUACACUUGAGUCGGUUCAAAGAGACUUCUUGGGAUCAUUGAUUGGUUACGCUUAGAGAUCUCCGACAAGGAGGAAAACAACAAAAAGACUG